AUGCCUGAGAGAGUUAUUGUUGUUGGCGCUGGCUUGUCCGGCUUGAGCGCUGCUCAUACCAUCUACCUUGCUGGUGGAAAUGUCGUCCUUUUGGACAAGAACAACUUCAUGGGAGGCAACUCCACCAAGGCCACAUCCGGAAUCAACGGUGCCCUUACAAGGACACAAGUAGAUGAGAAGAUUGGCGACAGCGUCAAGCAGUUCUAUGAUGACACACUCAAGUCUGCGCGAGACAAGGCGCGACCAGACCUGAUCAAGGUUCUGACCUACAAGUCCGCUGCUGCCGUCGAGUGGUUGAUGGACGUUUUCAACCUCGAUCUGACUCUCGUUUCGCGGUUGGGUGGUCACUCCCAACCUCGUACCCACCGUGGCCACGAUGCCAAGUUCCCCGGAAUGGCCAUCACAUACGCCCUGAUGCAACGAUUCGAAGAGUUGGCCGAGCAGGAGCCAGAGCGCGUCCAGCUCGUCAAGAAGGCCAAGGUCUCCAAGAUCAACACCGAAGGCAACCGUGCUACCGGUGUCACCUACACAUUCAACGGCGAGGAGACAACACUUGAGGGACCUGUCAUCCUGGCCACUGGUGGUUAUGCCGCCGACUUUACAGAGGACUCUCUUCUGAAGAAGUGGAGGCCAGACACCUACGACCUCUCCACUACCAACGGUGCUCACGCCACCGGUGAUGGACACAAGAUGCUGAUGAAGAUUGGCGCCAACGGCAUCGACAUGGACAAGGUUCAGGUUCAUCCCACCGGUCUGGUAGACCCUAAGGACCCUACGGCGAAGACUAAGUUCUUGGCCGCUGAAGCUCUCCGUGGUGAGGGUGGUAUUCUUCUCAACAACAAGGGCAAGCGCUUCUGCGACGACCUCGGUCACCGCGACUACGUCUCCGGUAUGAUGUGGGGCGAGAAGGACAAGGGCAACUGGCCCAUUCGCCUCGUCCUUAACUCGAAAGCAUCCAACAUCCUCGAUUUCCACACAAGACAUUACUCUGGCCGUGGCUUGAUGAAGAAGAUGACUGGUGCAGAGCUCGCCAAGGAGAUUGGUGUCAGCGACAAGGACCUCCAAGCAGAGUUCCAAAGCUACAACGCGAUUGCAAAGGGUGAGAAGAAGGACGAGUGGAACAAAAAGUACUUCCACAACCUGCCCUUUGACAUCAAUGACACCUUCCACGUUGCGCAAAUGGAGCCUGUACUCCACUUCACCAUGGGUGGUAUCGAGAUCAACGACCAAGCACAGUGCUUGAACUCCGAGGGCAAGCCAUUCGAUGGUCUGUACGUCUGUGGUGAGCUUGCUGGUGGUGUCCAUGGUGCCAACCGCCUCGGUGGCUCAUCACUUCUUGGCUGCGUUGUCUACGGUCGUGUAGCAGGAGAGUCUGCUUCCAAGUACCUCUUCCAACAAGCGCUCAACAAGUCUGGUGGUGCCGCUGUAAACCGCCUCGGUCAAAUCUCGCUACACAUCGACCCAUCACAACCGGGCAAGGUAUCCGUCGAGUGGGGCAACGGUGUCAGUGGAAACGCUCAAGCCGGCGCCAGCUCGUCGUCGGACCCCGUUCAGCAUCAAAAGCAGGAAUCCGCCGCUCCGGUCAUGUCUUCAAACGGCGACUCAAGUGACCCCGGCAAGGUUUCCAAGCCCAACGCACCCAAGAAGUUCAGCAUUCCAGACAAGGAAUUCUCGCUCGAGGAGGUUGCGAAGCAUAACAAAAAGGAUGAUCUAUGGAUCGCCGUAAAGGGUAUCGUCAUGGACGUGACCAACUGGACAGAUGAGCACCCAGGAGGUCCUCAGGCGCUCUUUAGCCAUAUGGGCAAAGAUGCAUCAGAGGAGUUUGAGAUGCUGCACGACGAUGAAGUUAUUCCCAAGUACGCGCCUGAGAUCGUUAUUGGUCGGGUCAAGGGUCAAGAGACAAUGACAACCUACGACGAGUAUGGCGUUCCCGUCGGCGCAUACUCAGAACCUGAGAGCUUAACCCACCAAGCAUGGCGGCUGGUGCGGGCUUUCUUCCUAUAUCGCAUACGGCCUGCUGUGCAGGAGAAGAGAAAUGAAUUGCAAAGUGGAAGUUGGAGCUUCAAGCGGCUGUUUACGCUUGUGAGAGCGCUGGUGGUGCUGUGGUGGGUAGCUUUGUACUGGGGCGAAAGAGGUGUCUUCAACAGCGCUGUGGAGAGCUGCAAUUGGGAUAACUGGGAAAACUGGGAAGCUGGCGCAAAUCCCCACAGACUCGUCUUCGUCGCCGACCCGCAACUCAUAGAUCCGCACACGUAUCCAGGUCGUCCGUGGCCUCUCAACCCUCUUGCCUACAAGUACACGGAUCUCUACCUUCGCCGCACCUACUCUCGCCUUCAGACUAUCCUAUACCCUGACACUAUAUUCUUCCUCGGCGAUCUAUUUGAUGGUGGCCGCGAAUGGUCUACGCGCACCACUACUUCGCCCGAAAAACAAUAUCGCAAGUAUGGCAACGACUUUUGGAUGAACGAGUACAGAAGGUUCGGGGACAUAUUUUUCAAGCACUGGGGUGACGGGGGUAUGCAGCCAAGACCUGGACAACCUGGAAGGAAGCUCAUAAGCAGUUUACCUGGCAACCAUGACCUGGGAUUUGCCAGAGGAGUGCAAGAAGGCGUCCGAGACAGGUUCAAUGCAUACUUUGGGGACGGAAGCAGAAUCGACAUAAUUGCAAAUCACACUUUCGUCUCAAUCGACAGCGUCUCCCUAAGCGCACUCGGUCAAGAAUCGCCAGAACAGGUGGAGAAGCUAUGGCGACCUACAAAAGACUUUCUCGAAGACGCGAAAAAGCGUAAAAGGCGUCUGAUACAGCGCGAGCUACGUACCCAGCAGGGCCUCAGACCCUACCCUGGUAUGCCUCACCACGCAAUUGAGAAGAAAGACCUAGCGACAUCCGAACUUCCACACGCCAAUGACGAAAUCACCGAAUUCCCUACGAUCCUCCUCACCCACGUCCCUCUCUACCGCGCACCAGGUACACCCUGCGGACCUCUUCGCGAACACUGGCCCCCAACCCCUCCACCAGCUGGGCAACCACCCCUCGAACACGACGACCGCAACGCCAUCUCCGUGCGCGGCGGAUACCAAUACCAAAAUGUGCUCAACCGUGAGAUCACUGCCGACAUAGCCGAGAAAGUGGGAGACAUACGAUACGCCUUCUCAGGCGACGACCACGAUUACUGCGAGGUUCUUCACAAAGCAUAUACAAGCGCCGGUGGCGGCAUACGAGAAAUCACUGUCAAGAGCACUAGCUGGGCCAUGGGCGUUAGACUUCCUGGUGUACAACUCGUCAGCUUAUGGAAUCCUGUCGACGUACAUGGCAACCCCAGAAACGGCGAUGCGAGCAAGACAAUUCAAACAAAGCUAUGUCUACUUCCAGAUCAAAUCGGCACAUUCCUCAAAUACGGGUUGCUAUUUGGCCUUACGUUGAUGGUUCUGAUACUCCGCGCGGCUCUCGUUACUCUCGGUGUCGUCUCCUCAAGCCAAGCAGAUAUGACCACUGAGAGUCCUCUCCUACCUACAACAAAUACAAGCACGUUCCCUGCUACGAUAGCAGCGGAGAAGGAAUCACAUUCGUCAAAUUCCUCAACGUCUUCUGAACGCACAGGGAACCUAUCCGUCCGCACAACCACCCAAACACGCAACAUGCAGCAACAACAAAGUCAACAAUCCAGAUAUAAUCUCCCGUUGGUACAACAUGCAGGCUACGACCCUACCAAGGACUACGAUGACGACGAUCAUGAUAGGGAUAAAAAGGUCAGAGUCUAUGGUGUAAGCACCAAGGCUGCUAGGAAGCCAAGGAAACGGAGAAAAGGACUGGCCUUGUCCUGGUGGGAGUUCAGCACAAGCCUGAAGACUGUGAUUGUUCUUGGCGGGGCUUGGUAUGUGUUUUUGGUUUGGAGGGGGUAA